UCUAUUGAAGACAGAUGCUCUGAACUAAUAACAACAGAAUUAAACAAAAGAGAAACAAAUAUGAUUUCAUAUGAAAGGAUCCUAACCGUUGAUCCUUGUCUUUUAUUGGUGGAUGGGGUGACAUUAACUACGUGGUCUUUAUACAAUACGCUGUAACGCCAACAUGCGGAUUAGUGUGACUGAUAAUAUUCUCUCUUUUCUCUUCUUCUUUUCUCGAAAAAAGAAACCUCCUUUUCCCUUCAACUUGCAGAAGAGGAAGAGGAAGAAGAAUAACUCAAGAAGCGAUAUACACAAGGACACUGAAAAUAUGUUGAUUAUGGAACGCCUGAAAUCUCCUCCUCCUCUAAUGAUCGUCUCGGACCUUGAUCAUACCAUGGUUGAUCAUCAAGACCAUGACAACCUCUCUCUUCUGAGGUUCAACUCACUGUGGGAAGAAGCUUAUCGCCGUGACUCUCUUCUCGUCUUCUCAACAGCAAGAUCACCUAUUCUUUACAAAGAACUGAGAAAAGAAAAACCAUUGUUGACCCCUGAUAUCAUCAUUACAUCUAUAGGAACCGAGAUAGCAUUUGGUAACUCCAUGGUUCCUGAUCAUUCUUGGGUUGAGACCUUGAACACCCAUAAAUGGAACCAGGAGAUUGUCUUGGAAGAAACCAGAAAGUUCCCUGAGUUAACUCUUCAGCCGAAAACUGAGCAGAGGCUACACAAGGUCAGCUUUUACAUUGAUGAAGGUAAAGGUGAGGCAGUGACCAAGGAACUUUCACACUUGCUGGAGAAACGUGGCUUAGAUGUUAAGAUCAUUCACAGCUGGGGAAUGAAUCUGGAUGUUAUACCACGAGGUGGAGGAAAAGGAGAAGCUCUUGAGUACCUUCUCAAGAAGCUGAAGGCUGAAGGAAUGUCCCCUGUCAAUACUCUUGCUUGCGGCGACUCUGAACACGAUGCUGAGCUAUUCAGCAUUCCUGAUGUUCACGGUGUCAUGGUGAGCAAUUCUCAAGAAGAGCUACUGAAGUGGCAUACUGAAAAUGCUUUAAACAACUCAAAGCUCAUCCAUUCAAGCGAGAGAUGUGCAGAUGGGAUUCUUCAAGCCAUUGAUUAUUUCAAGCUUGGUCCAACUCUUUCUCCAAGAGAUGCUUCUGAGUUCUUGAAUGGAAAGGCGGAUAUCGCUAAUCCUGGUCAAGAAGUUGUGAGGUUUUACUUAUUCUACGAGAGAUUGAGACGCGGUGAGAUCAAGAAGUAUGAGACAUACAUAGCCAGCUUCAAAGAGUCUUGUGACCAAGAUGCUGUUUUUUUCCAUCCAUCAGGGGAAGAGAAGUCUCUGAGGGAGGCCAUUGAUGAGCUGAGGAAGUAUAAUGGAGACAGAAGUGGGAAGAAGUUUUGGGUUUGGGUGGAUCAGGUUCUUGUUAUAGAUAACAUUUCUGGGAAAUGUAUAGUGAAGUUUGAUAAGUGGGAGCAAUGCGAGGAUGAGCGUAAAUGCUGCACAACUACUGUUGAAUUCACUUCAAAGGGAAAAGGAUGUUUGGUGUGGGAACAAGUGAAGCAGAUAUGGUCAGAGGAAUCAGAGCUGAAUGAUGAAAACAAUUGCUGGAUUAUCUGAAUCUUGGAGACUUGUAAAUGAUUGAUUUGCAAACUGUCUUCGGGAUUUGUCUUCCCUUUCUUCGUAUAGUUUUUUUACAAGUUUUGAAAAUGUUUUUGAUAAUUACCAAAAAAAAAGUGUAAUAUACACUUGAGAUUUACAUGAAAUUUUAAAAAUUGAGGGCGAACCGGUUCGGACCGGUGACCUCUUGAUCUGCAGUCAAA